CAGGCCUGAAGUGCGCAGGGGAGGUGAAAGUUGGCAUGGGGCCUAACUAGAUUUCAGCUACUGUGGUCAUUUAAAAAAAUACUAUUUACAAGUGCUGAUGUGGUUCCUGCUUAUUGAAAAAGAAAGAACAAGUGUGCAUAGCCACUGAACAGCUGGACUCUCAUCAUUACAGUCGCACAGCCUCUUGCACCUGCUCACACCUCUGGGCCUGCUGCUACUCCUUGGGCAUUAGCACAUGAGGAGACGAUGCCCACGUGCUGGGUGUCCCAAGGGGGCAAUCUAUGGAGAGCUAAAAUUCUGCUCACUGCAUCCCGUCUUCCAAACCCAUCUACCUUUCUUGCCCUGCAUCCUAUCAAGAGGGUUUUGUGGCUGUCUCUGCUUUCUUUGUCUGCCUUCCAGCCCCUUCUCUCUCCCUUUGCAGCAACUGCAAGGUUCACUUGUGGGUGAAGUAGGAGGGAUGGGAGGGAAGCUCAGGGGCUUUUAGUCGUGGCUUUGUACUGCAGGGAUCCUCGGCGUCUUGCCUCUCAGCAGAGACAGGAGCCCUAUGACGGGUACUUCUGUGCCAUCUGUUCAGGGAUUCCUUAAGAAUCCUGUUGCUAGGAUGACACCAGCUCAAAGAGCUACCACAAGCUGUUCCAGGAGCUCGGGGAGUAGUCAGGACCCACAGAGAAAGCUGUCAUAGCAACUGGAAGAACAAGGCUGACUUGGUUAUGAAUCACUCGCCCCUCUUGGGAAUUCAGCCCCGGGCCCAGAGCAUGAGAAUGGUGCAGAAGGGAACCUUGCCCCAUGGCAGGGGUAAUUUGGGUAAUAGGGUGAAUUUCACCGCAGGAGGAAAGGAAAUGUUUCUGUGGUGAACUGAUUAGGAAAAGAAAAUAGUGGCUAUUUGAGGCUGCCCAGAGCCUUGGGAAGUUAGACUUUGGUCCCUUGGGUGAUGAGCUAAUGGACAGAGUGCAGGGGAGGCAAUACAAAGUGCAUGAUGAAUUGUGCUCCUAUUGAUUGAUGUAUUACUUGGCCCUGGGUGUAAUUACCAGAGCUGCAGUAUGUGCGAUAUGCCCUUAGGUGCUGAAGCACAUGAUAAGUGCUGCUGUAAGAUCUGGUGUUCUGUUUCCCAGCUGAACAAAGCAGCCUCUUUCAAAGCGAAGCUCGUCUCUGUGGAGAAAGAAUCUCCCUGUGUCAGCAGCAGCCAAGGAACGAGGUCCCCAGGGAACAAUGGGAAGCGAGAAGAAGAUCAGUCUUCCAGCAAAGUUGAUCAGUGGAGGAGUGGCUGGGCUGGUGGGGGUCACCUGCGUCUUCCCAAUUGAUUUGGCGAAAACUCGUCUUCAGAACCAGCAGAGAGAAGGAGUCUAUACUGGCAUGCGGGAUUGCCUGGUGAAGACUCUGCGCUCAGAGGGAUUCUUCGGCAUAUACCGAGGAGCUGCUGUGAACCUGACGCUAGUCACUCCAGAGAAAGCCAUCAAGCUGGCUGCUAAUGACUUCUUUCGACAGCUGCUCUUACAGGAUGAAAAGGACCUAACACUGCCCAGGGAGAUGCUGGCUGGCUGUGGAGCUGGGACCUGCCAAAUGGUGGUCACCUCCCCAAUGGAGAUGCUGAAAAUCCAGCUCCAGGAUGCUGGACGACUGGCUGUUCACCAGCAAAAGGUUUUGGGAGCAGAUGGGCCAAUGACAGCCUCCUCCCACCUACCACCAGUCAGUGCCUCCACCACUGACCGUACCUCAGCAUUCAGGCGCCCCUCUGCCACUGUGAUCGCCAAGGAGCUGCUGCAGAUCCAGGGACUAGCAGGCCUGUACAAGGGCCUGGGAGCCACGCUGCUCAGAGAUGUGCCUUUUUCCAUUAUCUAUUUCCCACUCUUUGCCAACAUCAACAAACAUGGGCAGCGGCACACUGGAGAGAAGGCAUCCUUCUUCCAUUCCUUUGUGUCUGGCUGUGUAGCGGGUUCUGUGGCUGCUGUGACAGUGACGCCCCUGGAUGUUCUAAAAACCCGAAUUCAAACCCUGCAGAAAGGCCUGGGAGAGGACACGUACAAUGGAAUCAUUGACUGUGCUAGGAAAAUCUGGAUGCAUGAGGGCCCUGCUGCCUUCAUGAAGGGGGCAGUCUGCCGGGCCAUGGUUAUAGCUCCCCUCUUUGGCAUAGCCCAAGGGGUCUAUUUCAUUGGUAUUGGAGAAUAUAUUUUAGGAUAUUUCCAGUAGCACUUGCUCUUGCUAAGCAAGACCAGGCUGAAGAUCCCACAAGUUUACUUCCCCAUCUCUCCAGAAUCAGAAUGACCAGAAAUGGACAGGACCAUAUUGUGAUCCAUGCCGUGACUUUGACACAACCUUCUGCUUUUUCUGGCAACAAACAAAGGUGGACACAGGCUGUUUGCCAUUAUAGCUUUAUUUUCUUGUACCCUUUUGUUUCUGAGUGCUACAGCUGACCACUGCACAUUUAUAAAAGGGAAAGGACUAUUUUGUCUCCUUCAUUAUUUUCUCUGAAAAAUGCUAGUCCUUUUAAGAUAACAUGCAGCUGGAUUUUUGAAGUGAUAUGUGUAUAAACAUCAGAUCUGCUCUGCUUCAGGGCUGUUCUCUAGGAUUGUUUGAGGUUAGUGUUGAACCUGGAGGCACUCUUCAAUUGUCAGCUGACUUACAUGAUUUGCUGUGUCCUGUCCUGUAGAUACAGUAUAUCAUGUUCCUUGUAUUCAACUGUUUGCCAGUCUAAACUUGCUGUUUCUUACCCUGCUUUUGCAGAGAAGGUAAAAGCCGGUUGAGUGUUUCAAGAAUGCAGGGGGCAGAUCCAGCCGACUCACUGAGCAGUAAGAAAAAACUCAAACUAACUUGUUCUAGCAAGCAGUGUCUAAACAGAAGGGUCAGUGAGUUAAGACAAAGCUAGAAGUUUUGUUCAUCCCCUGUAGGAUCUGGAUGGAAGCUAUAGAUUCUGGUUUGUGCAAUGAAGCUGGAAGCUAAUAUAUUGCAGCCAAAGAGUUAGAUCAUUUACAAUGAGAUUGGGAGGGAGGUGGCAGCAGUUACUGAAGGUCAAAAGCAAUUAGAUUUAAUGCUUAGAUUAGCAUAGCUGUUUGGUUUAUUAGCUUUUGUGCUUAAGCAAAAUAUGGAGGUAAACACACUGUACCCUCACUACAUGAAUGGGCCAGCUACAAGUGUGUCUGAACUUGGCACUUUUAGGACCAUUAGACUUGCCAUUUCAGAGAAGCAAGGCUGUAAGUCACUUGUGCAGUCUUUACAAAGGAAGAGAAUAGCCUGUAGCAUAGUCAGAAACUGGGUGUUGCAGGACAGUGUUUUUAUAAGAUGGUGCUGCUGCAGCCUACCACCCAUUUCUUCAUGGCACAACAUGAAAGCCAUGUACCAGCACACUACACCCAAGAGUGACAGGAGCAGGCUCAGCAGCUCACUCAAGCAUCAAUGAAUUUAAACUGGCUUUAUGAAUGUAGGAGUCUUGGAGGAAUAAAAUGGGGAUUGGUGCCAGGGGUUAAGGUAUAGUACUGGUACUAUUGUUCAAGUGUAUUUUCAGGAACUUCAGAAUUGUCUUGUAUCAUUGUAGUAUUAUGUGCAGAUUAAGAAAUAGCAUCUAUGAAGCUCUCAGAGAGUGAGUAUUGUGUGGCUGUAAAUUUAGGCUGCAUAAUGUUUGCAACAGAGUUUGCUCAGAAUAGGUGCAGCUCUUCAGUGACUGAAAAACUGUCUGUUACCUUUUAGGGCAGGGUCACAUCUACUGACCACUCUUCCCCACACUAACUGCCUCUAGUUAUAUGCUUAGUAACAGAAGAUUGAGAAAUGUUGCUGCUAGUUUGUUCCUCGUUGUUGAAAGAAUGAAGAUCACCCUGGAUUCCCUUCUUUAAGAGUAUUUUUACCUUAAGUUAACACUAUUCACUCCCACAAUUAAACUUCUGCUGUCUGCUGUGCAACUAGGAUUUAAGAGAAAAGGGAAUCACUUGUAAUACAGAGUACAUCAAUAGAUAGUGAUGUGCUAGCAGCUUUCUGUGCAUUAUCUCUGUGCUUUCCCAGGGAAGUAAAUGUACUUAGUUGCUAGGGAGUUCAGUUCUCUACUCCAUCCAGGCUCCACUGUGACUUUCAGGUUGUCAAGUACAGAUACAUAUUAGCUUGCAAGCUAAUAGUAUAGUCUAUCCACUGUUGUUCAUAUGCAUCUUUAUAUUUGUCAUUUAUUAAAGUAUGCCACAAAGCUAGUUCUGCUAUUGAAAUAGUGGGCGAUGUUACUGUUUACAAAAAUACUAUAAAUAACCAAAAGACUGGUUGGGAUUAUUCCUUCCACACAAGAACCAGCUCAAAUGGGAAGCAGCCUUCAACUCCGCUCUGAUAGGAAUGAACUACUUUGCUUAGUGCUAGCAAACACCUGCAGAAUGAGGAUCCUAUUAGCAUGGUUUGCAGCUUUUGACUUAUGUAAGUACCACAACUGUUCAGGGAGGGUCACU